GGCCGGGAUCAACUGAUCUCAAGCAAUUAGAAAGAUGGGGAUGAGUGGCCUGCACGCAGUGAUUGUACCUUUCCCUGCGCAAGGCACCAUCAAUCCUCUCAUUAAUUUGGCCCAGCUGCUCUCUUCAAGAGGGGUUUUCAUCACUUUCGUAAACACGGAAUGGAGUCACAAGUGCAUUUCCAAAGCAGCUCAUAAUGAUGAUGAACCCGCGUUUAAGUUUCUCACCAUUCCAGAUGGGUUGCCGCCAGAUCAUGGUCGCCUCGCCAAUCUUGGCGAGUACGUAAUCGCAAUGGAAAAUCUUGGAGCAUCAUUUGCUGAGCAGCUUGUCAGACGGAAAAACUCCUCCAAUCACCUGCAUAAUAACAGAAAAUUUCAUGUCCUGCACUCACCAAGUAGCCAAAAAACUGGGAGUGCCCCGAGUGAUCUUCUGGACAUUGUGCGCUGCCUCUUCUAUUGCUCAGUGCAACGCCAACCUUCUCCUCUCCCGCGGACAUAUUCCUGUCAAAGUGGAGGGAUCGAAGAGGGCGGACAAAGUGAUCACUUGUUUGCUUCGGCAGCAUCGCUGUCAAAUAAAACGAACAGCUGGAAGAGCUGGCGAUGGGAUUGGAGAAGAGUGAGCACCCUUUCCUGUGGGUUUUGCGCAUGGAUAUUGCGGGAGGCGUGCAUGCAACUCUGCCGGAGGGUUUUGAAGAGAGGACAAAAGAUCGGGGACUGAUUGUUAAAUGGACGCCUCAGGUGAAAGUUCUGUCGCAUCCUUCCGUAGGAGUGUUCCUCAGCCAUUGCGGGUGGAACUCGUGUUUGGAGAGCAUGAGCAUGGGUAUUCCCAUUCUUGGAUGGCCCUAUUUCUGUGAUCAGUUUCUGGACUGCCGCUUCUGCAAGGAUGUGUGGAAGAUUGGCAUUGACUUGGAAGGCGUGGACGUUGAUGAAAAUGUGGUGAUCAAAAGCGAGAAGAUAGAGAAAGGCGUGAGGAGACUGAUGGAGGGUAAGGAAGCGCAGGAGCUGAGAAAAAGGGGCAUGGAGUUGAAGGAGGCGGCAUUUAAAGCUGUUGGGGAGACAGGUUCUUCUUUUAUGAAUUUGAACAGGUUUAUUCAUGACAUGACACAACUUUCCAAAUCGGCUUCUGUUAGAUCGGCGUAGCCGCGAAAGCAUUUCUUCCCUCGUCAAUCACUAUUAUUGUCAUCUUCCGUUUUCAUACAAUUUCUUCCGUAGUCUGUAUUAGCUGCCAUUUAUUGCCUAUUAUGUUUGGAGACAUGCUAUCAGAUUCAGAUUUCAAAUACGCUUUGUACAUUGUCUAUUUUUGUAUAUUUUGUGGGCUAAAUUAAGCUGAUUGAUUUCAGAGAGCUUGGAGUUCAUUCCAGGAAGCUUAGGCUGAGUUAUUUCAGGCAAUAUACU